UCAGCGCCGCUUCCCUGCCCUGCGAAACGUCGUCUGUUUCCCUCGCCAUUAAUUCACAUAUUUAUUCUCAAGAUGUGGAAACAGCCUCUGCACUCCGAGGGACGCGAGCAAAUGCGUUGGGAUUGGCGUGCGAGAAACAGUGAAUAUGCGGAACAGUAUGGCGACCGCCAGGAAGGGACUAAGGCUCUGGAGGACCUUCACAGACAGCUGCAGCGGGAGACGGAGAAUCUGUUUCGGUGGAAGGCUUCGAGCGAGGUGAACACGAAGCAGCUCGAGCGACAGCUGGACGAGGCUCGGGUGACCAUCGCUGACCAGCGCCGGAAUCUGAUGGAGCUGCAGCUGAACUCGGAGAACCUCUCACAGAGCUUACUCAAGGAGCGCCAGGAGAGGGACUUGAUCGCGGCCAAGGUGAUGCAGACUGGCCAACUGUCCCUCGCACUUGUACAGCAAAAGGAAAAACUUGCAGGUGCCCUCUCACUUCUUCUGCAGGAAAAGGACCUUCUAAGUGCAGCACACAGUAAUACGGUCCAGAAGAUAAAUAACUUGUCAGAAGGGCUCCAUGAUCUUUGUGUGGCACACAGACAGCAGCUCGGCAGCAUUACAACUCAAGCUGCGAAAGAAGUGAAGCAGCUGAAGAAUGAAAUCACGUCGAAGGAGCAAGAACUGAACGAAUCAGAGGCGUCACUUUCAACACUCGUCCAACAUCAGUCCGAGUACGAACAGAAAGUUACAGAGCUGAAGGACCUCCUGAAGACUACAAAAGAAAGUUCCUCGAUCGCUCGAGAGAAAAAUAUAGCCCUCGAAUCGGAAAGAGAUGAGGUUAAAAGCUCUCUAGAGCGUGUUCGGACGGAGAUGGAGGAGCAAAAGCGGGCAUCGGCUGCACAGCUGACCAAUCUGAAGGAGGAAUUAAAAAGAGAAAAGUAUCGCCGAGCAGAGAGCCAACAAGAAUUCGAAGAAGCGGUAGAGAAGAUACAGUAUCUGAAGACAGCAAAUGACACAUUGGAAGGCAGCAAAGCCGAGCUUCUGGAUAAACUCGAGGCUGUGGCAACUCGAAAACAAGAAUUGGAGAAGGACCUCCAGCACGGUAGCAGCAUGCUGGCAUCUCUACGAACAGAAUACUUAGAGGUGACACAGCAAGCCAACUUCUUGUCCCAGUGUCUUGAGGAAAGGCACAUGAAGUUAUCUCAUUUGGAAUCGGAUUUUAGAGAUAUGCAAACGGAGAAACAGUCUCUUAUCGCUCAGUUGGAUGAAACAAAAGGACUUUUACACGAAGAACGACAACGCGUUUGUCAUCAGAAGGAAAAAAUAUUGGAACUAAGCCAAGAUCUUGCGAUAGAGAAACAGAAGGAAGAAGAACGAAUGAUUGAACUGGAAACCUGCCAAGAACUAAAUAACAAAAUGAGUAUCGUUACUGAACAAUUGACUAAAAUGUCCCAGGAAAACGCAGGGGUUGCAGCCAAAAAACAAGAGGACAGGACAUUUGCAACAGAUCAGAAAAUUAGCUCUUGGGAAGCCGAAGUGAAAUCUCUUACUGAACAACUGAGCCAUGUUCGAAAUGAGUGGGCGGCAGAACACAAGAGUUAUGAGCGGAAGAUCCAGACCAUUACUACCGGUGCGUCCGAAGCAGAAGCAGAACUGAAGAGACAGAUUUCGGAAAUGGAAGACCAGUAUAUCAAAGCUAUAGGCGAAUCGGUGGACAUUGAACAGGAAAGGAAGGAGCAACAUGCACUCGUUGAGUCUCAAAAACAUCAUAUUAAACAACAAGAAAAGGAGCUCAAGUCUAAAGCCAGAGCCCUAACUCAGGAAAUUAAGAAAAGAGAGAAGGCGCAGGCAUCUCUAGAAACUUGGAAGAAGAAGUUCCAAAACAAAGAAAACGCGCGAGUGAAGCUUCAGUCGGAUCUCCAGGAGACUGUGCGCGGCCAAGAAGAAGCGCUCAAACUGCACGAGAAGAAGCAGAAGGCGCUGCAGGAAGAACUUCAAAAUAAAGUCAGCGAGAUCAGCGGACUUCGGGAUUUGGCUCGCACACACGAAACGAACCUGCAGGAGACGCAACAGAAGGUGGUCGACCUGCAGGAGGUUCUCGAGGCUGCUCUUGGCGAACUGAAUGCCCUACGGGACACGGAGAACGCAAGGGACAAGGCAUUCGAGGAGCUCAAGUGCCAGUCCACCGAGGCCAAACUAAGCCUGACGAAUAAACUUCAAGAAAAAGAAGAACAGCUCGCAGCGUCCUCCAACAUCUGCGGUCGGUUGCAAGCUGAUGUUGCAAGCUUAAAACGGUGCUUGGAAGAACAGCGUUCCAAACAUGUGGCAGAAGUUCAGGCUUUAGAAGAGGCAGUGGAUGAGGCGCAGGAAGAAAUGGAUCGAGCCAAGCAGGAAGUGAUAAAGGUCAACAAGGAGAAGAACGACGUCGUGCAAAAGGCCGAUACGAAAGUGAAGGAUAUGUUAAGUAUCAUCGAGGAAUACAGAUCCGAAAACGAGGUGAACAUGAAGAAAAUAACCGCAGAGUUACUAGAAACUCGGCAGAAGCUCGCAAAGAAAGAGGCAGAUAUCGCAAAUGUAUCAUCAGCAAACACGAAGCUCCUUGCCGAAGCUGUGGUUAGAUCAUCGACAAGCGUAAUGGCGAAGUCAGAUACCUAUCCAGAAGUGACACCGUUUCCUUCUGGUGAUGAACUAGCCACUCCGAGCCCGCGCCAGUAUAUUCCCCACAUGUUUUGUCUUCGUGAAUUGCGUAGAAAAACACCCAUCGCUAGAACAAUCCCGAUGCCAGUGUCUUCUGAGGAAAGCCGGAAGCCACCAGGUAUUCUGAAAACGAGGCUGAGACGUACCCUUGUACCCGCUCCUCAAAAGAAACGUGUCGUCUUCAGUUCCUCAGUGUCUCGGGCCACUAAGGACGACGACCAGAGAGAUUCCAGCGCUGACACGAAAGUCUGUGAGGUUAAACCAAAGAGAUAUAGAUUAAGAUCCAACAGCCCGCUUAGCCCGAGGAAAAAGCAUAAUAUGAGGAAUCAACAAGCAAAGACUACUGUUACAAAUGCUGUUGAAUGCAGUGACUGGAUUACCGCUUGCAGCACCAGAUAGAAGUGAAUUAGUGUGUUGUUAUAACCAUGUUUAUUAGAUAGUAUUGUUUUGUUAACGUUUUUACAUGUAUCCAUGAAAAGGGGAUGUACUUUUUUUCAGAGUGUAGCAAGUUUUGAGAUAUAUAAUAUACAGCUGAUGACUACAGUGUCCUAAAGGAUAGAGAGAUGUUACUUUUUUGUUCAAAAGUACUUUUAAAAGGGUAUUCGUUUGAAGGGCAUAGUGUUUGUUUUGUUUUGUUUUGUUUUGUUUUAAGCAAAACUACGAAGCUGAAAUGUAACAAUAGUUAUGUUGAAGGGCAAUGAAAUGUUUCACAUUGUUUGUUCUUUUCUUUUCUUUUGUCUACAUCCCAAAAUUAAUAUAAUGUUAUUAAAAUAUCACAGUUCAUCAUUUUACUUAAGUGGUGUCUUCUGCAGAUUUAUUGCCUAGACAGAAAAAUGAAAAAAGGAUUUAUAAAGUAUUUUUACUGGUAAAUCUCCAGAUCCUGCAUUUAAUAUUGCUAACAUCGUCCAAGUAUUUUCAAAUGUUGCAGAAAAAGUUCAGUUCCUAGUUUAACUACAUGUACUUUCUAUGUGUCAUUCAAGGUAUAUAUCCGCGUAAAACUGAAUAACUCUGUAUAGAUGAAAGUUGAUUGAAAGAGAUGGUUUACAAUUAUAGAAGUGGAAGUAGGUAAUAUUAUAAUGUAGCAAGAAAGUGUUUCAUAUUUUGUUAUGUAUAAAUAAACUUUGUAUUUUUUUUCACAAUACCUAUGCAAGUUAUAUUUUUAUCUGAUACUAUGAAAGGAAAAAGAUCAUCCAACCCCGUUGGCCAUAGAGAGAAUACAAUAAAGAUGUGCCUUAGUUGA